AACACAGUUGAAAAUUGAACAGCUGUUCGAUGUGUUCGUUGAAAUUUCAUAAAUCGAACGUAUAAUAUAGAUAGAUGUUGAAAACGACGAUGGUAGACAUCGCAGCAGGACUAAAAAUCGUCCGUGAAAAAAUAAGCGCUGCGGCAGCGAGAAGGACAUCGGAAUGUGCGAGUUUUGAACCGCGAUUGGUAGCCGCCAGCAAAACUCACUCCGUACCGAUUGUGAUAGAGGCGUACGAAGCGGGCCAAAGACAUUUUGGUGAAAAUUACGUAGCCGAAUUACUGGAGAAGGGUCAUCAUCCGGACAUUUUGGAAAAAUGCAAAGACAUACGAUGGCAUUUUAUCGGUCAUUUACAGAGCAACAAGGUCAACAAGGUCCUCGGAGUACCGAACCUCUACCUCAUCGAAACUGUGCACUCUAAAAAACUGGCGACUUGUCUGGAUAACGCGUGGCCGAAAUUUCGAAAAACCGACGACUCCCGGGUGAACGUUAUGGUCCAGAUAAACACCAGCGGAGAAGAUGAAAAAAACGGCUGUGAACCGAAGGAGGCGAGCGAUCUGGUUAAACACGUCUUAGAAAAUUGUAAGAAUUUGAAAUUCGACGGUCUCAUGACAAUCGGAAUGUACGGCUACGACGUGAGCAAAGGCCCGAACCCGGAUUUCGUCAGUUUGAAAAAUUGUCGAGAGAAUAUCUGCAAGGAAUUGAAUCUGGACCCAAAAACCGUGGAACUAUCGAUGGGCAUGUCGAGCGACUUCGAACACGCCAUCGAACUAGGAAGUUCGAACGUCCGGGUCGGAUCGUCGAUCUUCGGAUACAGACCGAGGAAGGGAGAAUAAAAAAGAGAAAAAACAGAAAAAUUUAACAAAGUGCAAAUUGAUGGACAAUAAUCGAUUUUCCCGGAGCUAUUAUAUCAAUGUCAUAACUGGGCAUCGACUUAAUUCUAUUCGCGUGUACUUAAAUAUUAUGUUCAAAAUUAUGUAUAACUGCAGUACUUACAAUUGAAAAAACCAUUCAGCAGAUUGUGUACAUAAUUAUCUAACCCCGAGUAUACGUGAUACGUGAAAUAUAUUAGAAAAUUGUUAAA